CACCUUCUCAACAUAGACCAAAAUCCCCUUUAUCCUUUUUCAAUUUGGGGUUCUGAUCUCCCUUUCUUUGCAUUACAAAUAGCUUUCUUCUACACUUCACUUCCACUUCGACAUCACAUUUAAUAUCGAUCUUGAAGCUGUAGUUUGUCUUAUGGUAUAUAUACCAGAAAUUCGAAAUGGAUUUGGAACAAAAGAAUCUCAUCAAUGAACUGUCUCAGGGGAAAGAGUUAGCAGAACAGCUAAGAAACCAUCUUAACCCUUCAUCUUCACUUGAAACUCGUUUGUUCUUAGUUGAUAAGCUACUUUCUUCCUAUGAGAAAGCACUUUGUUUGCUUAAUUGGGUUGAAUUGUCACAUUCAUAUCCUAAUUCUACCCCAACUACUGACGUCUCUCUUCAACCUUCCAAAAAGAAAAGGAAAACACAAAUUCGUUGUACUGAAGAAGUGAAGGUUUGUUCAGGAACAGGAGCCCAAGCUGGGCCACCUGACGAUGGUUAUAGCUGGAGAAAGUAUGGUCAAAAAGAUAUUCUUGGAGCUAAUUUUCCAAGGGGAUACUUCAGAUGCAUUCACCGUCACUCACAAGGUUGUCUGGCUAUAAAGCAAGUUCAAAGAUCCGACCAAGAUCCUUCGAUUUUUGAAGUGACGUACAGAGGAAGACAUACUUGUGUCCAGGCCUCUCAUUUUACUUCAGUAAAUGAAAAUUCCAUCCAAAACAAAGAUCAUCAUCAUCAACAACAAAUAGCAAAAGAGGUGAAAACACAGGAUUUGGAAAUUAAGAAAGAAAGUUUUCCAUCCCUUUCCUUCCUGGAUGAAUUAAAUGAGAGUGAUGAGUCCAACAAUUUCGCAGCGAGUCUUUCUCCGACAUCUGAUCAAUCGAACUAUUUCUCAGACAGCUAUGGAAUAAGUUUGAAUGUUCGUACUCCGGACUCGAAUCUCAUUGACAUAAUUUCAACAUCAAAUUCAGUUGCCAAUUCACCAAUUGGAGAUUUGGAUUUCUCUAAUUUCGACUUUGAGAUCGAACCCAAUUUCCAGUUUGAUAAUUUGGAAUUCUUUGCUUAGCCGUGAUACCCAACAUUAGUACCUACUCGUAAGUCUUAAACAAAGUGAUAGACAAGAAAUUUUCCACUUAAUAGUUGGCCAAAUUUUUUAUUCAAAUAAUAUAUUUUUGGUAAGUUCAGGAGUAUCGCACCGAUUAUUGUAAUUCUUUUUUUCAUCUGCUGUAUAUCUUGAAUGCAGUAAAACUCAAAUUGAACAAAUGUACAAUUACUAAUAAAUUUAAUAUAUCUUGUUCAAGUUCGUUAAGAGACAAAAAA